AUGGCCGGCCGCACGCUGUAUAUUCGUUUCACAGCACGCAUUGACGACGUGAUGGGCACGAACAUGGUCUCGAAAGCACGGUCAUCCAGGCGCAGAUUGAUUCGUUCGGCAACGUCAUAUGUUCCGUACAACCCUGAGAUUUGGAAAGACCUCCUGGCUCCGACGGGCGCGCUCGAGCAGAGUCUGCUCGACAACUUCGCCUUACUCCGGCCAGCUUAA